AUAUGUGUGUUAAUGAAAAAUAGAAAUCUUAAUAAUGAACAAGGACACAUGAACUGAUACUUUUCGAAUUUUUGAAAGAAAAUAAAAAACAAUGGCAAAUUCGCCUGAUACCUGUGUUGAUAUUGAAUUAUUUCAAGAUGAUUUUCAUCUUAUCGAUCGUGAAUUUAUCCGAAAAAUUGUAUCGAUUUUUUGUGAUCAGUAUUAUGGUUAUCUUUGUAUGACCAAUGAUGCAACAUAUGCUUUUGGCGAAGACAUAUGCACAUGGUUAUCGUUAAUACAUGAUCCGACACAACCAAAACAGAUCAACAUUUUGAAUAGAAAAAAAAUUAUUCAAGUAGAUUCAGGCAAAGAAUUUGUUGUAAUGUUAACAUGUGAUGGUCAAGUUUAUCUGGCCAGUGAAAAUUCAGAUUGGCAAACGAACAAUACUCUUCGAUUAAUUUCUACUGGUGAUGAUCGUUUUCAAAUGAUUGCCUGUGGAUCCAAUCAUUUAUUAUUGCUACGACGUGAUGGUCAUCUUUUUGCUUUAGGAGCGAACACAUAUGGUCAAUUAACCGGUAGUUCUGAAUCAUCGUAUGAAACUCUUGUGAACACUGGUUUAAUGAAUGUCGAAAUAAUAGUUUGUGGAUGGCAUCAUUGUCUUACUUUAACAAAUAAAAAUGAAUUUUAUUCCUGGGGCCGUAAUUCGAAUGGACAAUUAGGUCUUGGUGAUAAAAAUGGCCGAAGGACACCAUCACUCGUUUCAUUUCAGAAUGAUUUGAUUACCAAUCCGAUCAAAAGUAUCUUGGCCGGUGCAUUUCAUUCUUUAUUUUUACUCGAGGAUGGCCAGAUUUUCGGAUGUGGGCAUCUUCAACUUGGUAUCAAUGUAACUGUACCGACAAAAAUACCUCUUGAAAAUGUGCAAAACGUUGCUUGUAAAAAUAAUCUCAAAUUUUCAUUGACUUUGGUUGAUUCAUCACAGUAUUAUGUAUGGGGUAAAAAUGAUAAAUGCUUAUGGUCACAACCUCAAAAAUUAAAUGGUCAAUUGAAAUCAUUUGCUGAUGCAUCAGCAAUGAUAUUCAAAUACCCAAUGACA